AUGAGUCUACCGUCCAUCCUCUUGACCUGCCUCAUCAGCUGGCUACUGGUGAUCAAUAGAUGCUCAGCACAGAACGGAGAAAAAUGCACAUUGAAGACAGAGGUCCCGGCCUUCGUAAUAAACGAUUGCACGGGCCGCUACAUUCCGUCGAAACUGCAGAACCCUUUCAGCAUCACCAGCGUUCUAGCUAUAGAGCUGAAACCAAAACAGAUCCAGCAUCAGAAAUUCACUAUAUCUUGCGAACGGGGAGUUGACUUUCAUGAAACUAAGUGCUCGGAAAGCUUUCCUGGUGACAACUGGAACGAUUACAAUUUAAAUGACCAAAGUUUUGUAGGGGAAACAGUGCCCACACGUGAGGAGCGCUUAGAUAGUAAUAAGAUUUACCAAUAUCAGACAGAUGUUCAACUCUACCAAAAUCUUUACUGUAGGAUUAAGCUGAAAAAUGAAAUUCCUCGCGAGCCGUGCCGCGGUGCAAAGUUAGAAUCACAACCUGACCCUCCCUCCCACAAAAUCCGGCUCGACCACAACUGCGAUACUGAACUCGUGCUGGAUGGCGAGCGGCAAAACGAAGCCAACAAAGAUUUCUUGAAGGUAUAUGGCCACGUCUGUUUCAAGGUCACUACUCACGGAAAAUUAGUAGUAGAUUGCGUGACCCUGUCAGCGUUUAAGUACGUACCUAAUUAUAGAAACGACGAUGCAUGCUCGGACACAAAAGGCCAAUCCCAUGGCUGGGGGAUGUCGUUCGUCAAAGAAGAAAACCAGAUUGGGGUAGGAACCGAGAUUGAGACACUUAAGUAUAUUGCAGGGAUGGUACCUAUAGGGGAGGACUACUCCUGCCAACGAAUGAAUCCCUCCUUUGAACUACGGAUGGGAAUUUCGGAGCUGGAAAUCGGUGCUAAUGGGCCCAAAACUCCUGUUUCCUUUGUCAGUGAACUUAAUACCGUAUUAAUUAUUGAUGGGGUUAAGACGCAUAUUAAUGCCAAUCAGGAAACCAAAUUAAAUAUCGCUGAAACUAUCUGCAUCGAAAGUGACGGUGGAAAUCAAAGAUUUGCUGUGGUUUCCAAGAACGGUCGAUUUGAUACAGGAUCCGGUUGUUACAAAUGCAAACAGGAAGGAAUACAUAUUGGAGAUGGUUGGUGCGUGCCGAACAGAUUUCAAAUGGACGACCAACAAACACUCUGCAAGAGCGGCAGGAACCAACUGAGUAACAAAAAUUCUGUGCUUAAGUAA